AUGCUUAGAAGUGUGAUACUACGACAUAGUCGAACUGGGUUGUUUGGAAACACAGAACUUAAAACAUCAAAAAGUUUGAAUAAAUUGCCGGCUGCUGUGAAAUCUUCUACUGAUUCACUUAUCCAGGAGCUUCUCAGUCCGUCAAGUAAUCCAAGAACUUCAAUAGAAAUAGUUGACGAUAUUUCAAAUGAGAUCUGCAAAUCAGCGGACCUUGCUGAAUGUGUUCGACAGCUACACUGUGAAUCUGAAUUCCGCGAAGCUGCGGAAAAUGCUUCAAGGAAAUUUUGUGAGCUUGUUGAAAGCUUGAACACGAACACUGCACUUUAUCAAAAGUUGAAAUCAUCAGAAGUGACUGAAGCAUCCCGCCUAGACGACGUAGAUCGAAGAACACUGACAUUAUUACUGGAUGAUUUUGAGCAAAGUGGAGUUCAUUUGGAAGAUGAUCAAAAGUCAAAAUUUGUUCAGCUUUCAAGUGAAAUCUUCGAAGCUGGUGCACGAUUUCAGGAGAACUGCGACAGAAUUGUUCCAGUCGGAAAAUUCGAUCAAGCAAAGUACGGUCUUCCGUCACAAAUUUACUCACCCGUUUCGAAUUCACUCGAUAGAUCAAAACGGAGAAUGGUUUAUAACACAUUCUACCGUCAUGACGAUCAACAAGAAGUUUAUCUAAGAAAGUUAGUCUCAUCUAGGCAAGAACUCGCACAGCUAACUGGAUUCGAAUCUUUUGCUCAUCGAGCACAACGUAACUCUUUGCUGGAAAACUAUGAUAAUGUUAGAAACUUCUUAUGGGGAGUUGUAGAGGAAUGUCGCAGUGCGUUCGAAAAGGAGCUGGCCGUGCUGAUAGAUGUUUCAACACAAUGCAGCCAACAAGACCGAAAUGGUGACAAUGAUGUUUCAACCAUUGCUGAACACGAUUUAGGAUUUCUCAUGCAUUUGUACAGGGAAAGUGCAUACGAUAUAGCAAAAGUUUCUCACGAAUCCUCGCAGUUUUUCACAUUCUCCUCUGUCUGGAAGGGAUUCUCUACACUGACGCAAAGACUUUACGGUGUUCGCUUAAUUGAGGACCCAAUCAAUCACGGAGAGAUGUGGAAUACGGCUGGUGUGCUGAAACUGAAAGCACUCGAUGAUCAAAACAAUGAGCUUGGAAUAAUUUACGCUGAUGUUUCAAUUCGUCCUGAAAAGGCUGUCGGUGACUGUCACUACACCGUCCGUUGCUCCAAACAACUGUCGAAUGGUACUUGGCAAAUGCCUAUUUUAGUUCUAUCACUAGGAUUGGUAGAUGGUCAUAGCACCGCAUGGAAAGAUUCAGGAAUAAGCUUCCAUUCUGCCGAAACCAUGUUCCACGAACUAGGCCAUGCAAUGCAUAGUAUUCUCGGAAGGACAAAGUACCAGCAUGUUGCUGGAACCAGAUGUCCACAGGACUUUUCUGAGAUUCCGUCAAAUCUCAUGGAAUACUUUUUCAGCGACUUGGGAGUUAUGAGAGAUAUUAUCAGAAGACCAAAUCAACCAAAUGAACAGCUUCCCAUUGAAUCAGCGGCAACACUUCUAGCUUCCAGGCACUCGUUCACUGCUAUUGAAACUGUUCAGCAAGCUGCAUACGGUCUAUAUGACCUCGAGGUUCACGGCCCGAUUGCUGCUCCACAAAUAGCUUCAGGUCGAAUGACAACCACAGAACUGUUUUAUGAUAUCAUGAACAAAGCGAUGCCACACGUGCAAAGGUCACCUGGCUCUGCAUUCCAACAUCGUUUCCAUCAUACGGUACAAUAUGGAGCGAAGUACUAUUCGUAUCUUGUUGCAAGAGCAUCUGCUUGUUUAAUUUGGCAGCAACGAUUUCAAAAUGAACCAUUCUCGAGAAAAUGGGGUGGUUGCUGGGCGGAAGUUCAAUCGCAUGGAGGAGGACAUCCUCCGGCAAUUUUGUUGGAAAAGAUUCUUGGUUUUCGACCAACUUCGAAAGAUCUUACACAUGCUCUCUCUAAAGAAUCUCAACAUCUAGCGAAUCUCGAUGCGGUUACUGUGUAG